UUCAGUGUCGACGGCUUUUCUAUAAAAGAACCGAAACAAAAUAAACAUUUUAAAAUUUAGCAAAGUUACGACACACGAUUUUUUGUUGAUAUUCUUAAACUUGUCUGGUAAAAUAAUUUAGAAGUCAACAUGUCCAUUGUUUACAUAAUUUUGUUAUGCCUACCGGCCCUGAGCUUGGCUCAGCUCAACUUAAAGCCCUAUAACGAGACGGCCGCAAGUCUUUUCCGGCAAACGGACACAAACAUGGACCACAACGUGGAUAAGGCUGAACUGCACGCCAGUUUCAUGGGCUAUGAUACCGACGGCGACGGCAGAAUCACCAGACACGAGUACACCAGCUACGUGGACACCCACGUCCCCGCCCUCAGCCCCCUGUCCCACGCCCUCUACGACAUCUACGACGUGGACGGUGAUCACCAUCUGGAUGAGCACGACUUUGUCAACUUCUUCAGCCUGAUAGACGGCAACGGCAACGGUAUCGUCAGUGAAGCGGAAUUUAUCAGGUACUGGGAGAUCCUGUUCACUGACCUGGAACAUCUACAUGGGGGCGGACGCUAAUGUUGCCUUCAAUUAACUUUACAUCGAGUGUACUGUUCUUUCUCUCUUGCACGUGAGUCCGUACAUUCGGA